CAGCGGCAUUUCCUCCCGGCGCGGAGCCGCGCCGCCCGCGGACCCUCCUCCGAAGGGAGUCGGUUUCCUGCCGCUGCCGCCGCCCGGCACUCGGCGCUGGCUCCCCGGGAGCGGCCGCAGCGGACAUGGGCCCCCGCGCCGCCCCGCUCCUGCCGCUGCUGCUGGCCCUGCUCGGCCGCACGGAGGCCGGGAGAGCCGAGGGCUGUGACCUGCAGCCGGUGGCGGUGGAGCCGCCCAUCGCCCUGUCCUACGCCACCAGCACCGUGCCGCGGGGCUGCGUCAGCAGCGGCUCCCUGCGCACCGGCCAUGAAGUCCAUGUGCUCAGCGUCGAGUGGUCCAAGCCCCCUUCCUCCCCACUGAAGGUGCUGGUCGCACCGCGAGCCGGUGGCUGCACCCGGUCAGUGGUGCUCAUCCUCGUGUGCUCCCGCUGCUCCGCCACCAUCACCUCCCCAUGCCCGGACCUGCUCAUCCGCACCGAUGCUCGCCUGGACACGGGGAUCACCUCAGCACUGGCUGUGUCCAUCGGCGAGGGACCGCUGCUGGCCUGGGCUCGGGAUGCCUAUGGGGGCAUCACAUCCUACAGCGAGCUGCGGGACCCCCGCUGGGUGCAGCUGCGCCUGGGAGAAGACCCUGCCAGCCCCCCGGACUGCAUCCCCCAGGAGCGCUUUGAUGCCACGCUGCACCUCGAGACGGAGGUGUUCUUCCAUGGGAUGAAGGGAUGCUCACGAGGGGACACCCAGAGCACCAGGGCUGCCCACAUCAUCCGUCUGCAGCCUGAGCCCAGCUUCCCCAUCACGGAGGUGAACCUGACCCUGAGCUGUCCUGAGAGAGCUGUGAGCAACCAGAUCCUCAUCCUGCAGAGCUGGGCUAACAUCACCUGGUCCCUCUCCGUCAACAACUGCCACAUCCAGUUCCUGGUCUCUGGGAGCUACAAGAUCGCUCCCAUCUCCUCGCUGCUGCUCCCUGGGGAGCUCCUGCCCGACUCGGAGCAGGGCCUCAUUGCCAAAGCCUUCGAGAAGAACUACAGCAUCAUCGCCUCCUACUCCACCAUCCCCGCCAGCACCCGCGUCAGCCUCGAGAUCCAGGACCACGAGGCGGUCAGGAGGGUGCCCGUGACACCCACAGCCCCGUCCCCCACCACGUACUCGCUGCCCCACGUGCUGCUGCUGAUGCUCCAGCCAUGGAAGUGCACGGAUGAGACCAUGGAGAUCGUCAUCGCCAGGUCCCACCUGGAGCCCAUCAAGGACGUGGUGAACAUCACCCUGCGGGACAUCAGCUGCCAGGCGGAGAAGAACGCCACUCACUUCAUGCUGAGGACCCCCCUGAGCCACUGCGGCACCUCGCUGGAGGGAUGGGAGCACGCCAAGAACGAGCUCAUCCUCAACCUGGCCAAGGGCGCAGUGCUCCGGAGCGUGCGGGUAGCCUUCCAGUGCAAGAUCCCACGGGAGCUCUUCCUGCGCCUCUUCCCCACGGCCGCCUUCGAGGCUCCCCAGACAGAGCUGGAGGUCAACAAGGAGGCGUUUGUGCAGGCAUCCAUGCGGUGGGAGGACCACCCUGCCGACCUGCAGCUGAAGGAGUGCUGGCUGGCGGUGCCGGGCCGGGAGCCGGUGCUGCUGGUGCAGGGGGGGGAGGCUCGCAGUGCAGGGGUGGCCGUGCUGCAGGGCCCCCCCAGCGCCCGCGGCAGGAAGGUCUGGCGCUUCCGAUUCACCUACAUCGUCCCCGAGGGCGGCCGCGUCCCCUUCUCCGCCACGCUCAAGUGCAAGGCGGGCUUGCAGAACAACACCAUCUUUGAGAAGGUCCUGGAGGUGACGGUGAAGGACGGCUGGAGGCUGACCAACAACCGCGGGCUGGGGCUGGCUGCUGUCCUGGGCAUCACCUUUGGUGCCUUCCUCAUCGGCGCACUCCUCACUGCCGGGCUCUGGUACAUCUACUCGCACACCCGUCCCAUCUCCAAACUGCAGCCGGUCUCCAGCACGGCGCCAGCCUCAGAGAGCAGCAGCACCAACCACAGCAUCGGCAGCACCCAGAGCACCCCCUGCUCCACCAGCAGCAUGGCCUGAGCCCGCGG